UGGAUCUAGUUGUGGCAAAUUUAUUAAUUCUCAGCAGCCAAUACAAAUUUUCUUAGAGACUGUAAAUCAGCCACUACAGUUCAGAGUCCAGCAUAGCAACUGAAGUGGAAGUUGGAGGAACUUUACAUGAAUACACCAGGCUGUGGUCUAUAGUCACCUACUGGUGGUGACUUUCCACAGAUGCUUUGGUUGUUGCCACCUCUUCCAGGGGCUGCAGAAUGCAAGUUGGAGUCCAUGUCCCAGAGUAGGCCAGCGCUGUCACCCGAGGUAUUAAAAUAUCAAGGAGGAACAGGAAAUAGGGAGCAGCGGGCCCUGCAGCUGGGACAGGCAGCAUGAUGGAGUCAAGAGGCCCUGUCUGUCAGGUGGGAGCCAAAGAGGGGAGACAAGGAAGAGACAAGACCUGCCCCCCAGCCCUGCUUCCCGCAGCCUUGCUACCUCUAGCGCCACUCGCCCUAGCCCACGCCAGCUACCAGAGGCGACAGGGCGGCCAUCUUGCCGCCUGGCCUCAACCGCUCUGACUCUAUGGUACACUCGGCGGGCCCAGCCUCAAUCUCAACGAUACUGAGGCGCCGACCGCCUCGGGUCUUCUCCAUGGUACCAGCGCCCCACUGGAUACGUGUGUAUAUACAUGGUGUACACUCUGUCCCGCGGCCCACCUCUAUGGUUGCGUUUUCUCGCUUCUCUCCGGGCGCUGAUUGGCCGAGAGAGCAGUUCUCGCGAGAUCGGCGUGCCAGCGGCCUGGCAGAGGCGGCGGAGAAGCCCGCGUUCGUGCGUUGGAGCCGGUACCGCAGCGCGCUCGUAAGAGACCAGGAUGAGUUAUGCAGAAAAACCUGAUGAAAUCACAAAAGAUGAAUGGAUGGAGAAACUUAAUAACUUGCAUAUUCAGAGAGCAGACAUGAACCGCCUUAUCAUGAACUACCUUGUUACAGAGGGCUUUAAAGAAGCAGCAGAGAAAUUUCGAAUGGAGUCUGGAAUUGAACCCAGCGUUGAUUUAGAGACUCUCGAUGAAAGAAUAAAAAUCAGAGAAAUGAUACUGAAAGGACAGAUUCAAGAAGCCAUUUCAUUAAUAAACAGCCUCCAUCCAGAAUUGUUAGAUACGAACAGAUAUCUUUACUUUCAUUUGCAGCAGCAGCAUUUGAUUGAACUGAUUCGGCAGCGUGAGACAGAAGCAGCUCUGGAAUUUGCUCAGACCCAAUUAGCAGAACAAGGCGAGGAGAGCCGGGAAUGCCUGACAGAAAUGGAGCGCACGCUGGCUUUGCUUGCCUUCGAUAAUCCUGAAGAAUCACCAUUUGGAGACUUGCUUAACAUGAUGCAGCGACAGAAGGUAUGGAGUGAGGUAAAUCAAGCUGUUCUAGACUAUGAAAAUCGUGAAUCAACACCCAAGUUGGCAAAAUUACUGAAACUACUACUGUGGGCUCAGAAUGAGCUAGACCAGAAGAAAGUGAAAUACCCCAAAAUGACAGACCUCAGCAAGGGGACAAUUGAAGAACCCAAGUAAAAUGUGUGCAGAUGGACAUCAAACAAUCAUAGUACUGCACAGUAUACAUUUAUAUCAGUCUGUGACUGAAAUAUUUUUACUACAGUACAGCACUCAAUUCAGAUUUUUCAAUGAACACCUAAUUUGAAGGGAGAAAAGUCCCUUUUGAAUGCUGCAAAAACUGCAUUGAAAGGCGCUGUAUCUCUUUGAAAGUCUGACUUAGGCUAUGCACUAUAAUACAUUUUUAAAAAAAAAACAAUUAAACAGGACAGGAAAAAUCACAUUUUUAAAAGUACAGAACUCAAGCUUUCUAAUUGGCUACUGAUGCUUAGUUGAGUGGUCAGUGAGUUAAUAUGGAGUUACAUUGGCAACUAUUCAGUUAAGUUUAACUGUCUCCUGUUUGAAAUGUGUAUAUAGAACAGUGAAUAUUUUCUACCUUUAAGUUAUAGCAAGAUAUACAUUCCCCUUAAGAGUAACUGGUCAUGUUUUCAUCUAUAAACUUUGCAGUAAGGUCAACCUUUUGCCUAGGAAAUAGUGUACAAACUUGUAAAUCUUAAUUUAAGAACUUUUUUUCCUUGUUUCUGACUUUUUGGUGCUUUAUAUGGUGAGAGCUAUGUUCAUAAUGGAUCAGUGACCCAUCUUUUUUCACAAGAAGUAUUGUUGGAAAUAAGUUUUUUCUUAAUUUUCAUGAAUGACCAAAAUGGCCCUCAGAGGCAUUUGAGAGUUUUUCUUAAUGGGGACCUUUCCCCUCCGUAUUGAAUUUGCAGCUGCAGACACUGCAGUGAUUCCAGCAGGCUAGCAGAGCUUUGAGGGCCACUGGAUUUUUGUAAGCUGAAAAACACACUUGUGGUAGGAAAUGAAUUGGGGGAGAGAUACUUUUGGAAGCCUCUGAUGUAUCUUCUUGUGCAGGAUCUGCCUUUACUCUUGUUGAAUAAGAAUCGUUGUUUUAGAGCUACUUGGGCUGUUCUUAUGCCUUGAGCUGAGCAGAGCAGGGCUGUCUUUAAAGACUGAAGUUUCAGUUUUUUUCGAUUCUUCCAUACCUUUCUGAAGAGAUGCAGUUCAUCUUCACCUGUAUUACUUUGUUUACUGACUGUCCUCACUCCAGUUAGGAUUCGAAUUUUAAUGUUUUACAUGUGAAGUCCAGACUUUCAAGUCAACAAAUUGUAAUCUUGUGGGUAUGGGAUGUUCAGGUCAACUUAAUUUUGCAGCACUGUUCACUGGUAAAUAUCCAGUGGUAGUAAGCACUAAUCUUGCCAAAUCAAUCUCUAGGUUUUUAGGUCUGUAUAUCAAGUUAUUAACGAUUUGUUGAACAAAGACCGAUCUGGUGGGUGAAGUAGCUUAACAUCACGAUGCACUGGCAGUUGUCAUACCAGUCCCAUACUGUACAUAACCUAGUCUUGUAUGGUAGAUAUUACCCUGUAGAAUGAAACUUAGUUUUCACUUAAUUUUACUGGAAUACUUACGCAUUAAACUGUAUAAAGCUUUGCAGAUACACCUGACUUAUGGAAACUAAAAAAAAAAAAAAAAAAAAAAAAAAAAACCUGUUACUGAUUGCGUUACUGUGAACACUGUUUACUUGUGUAGCUAUUUUUUUGUGAGGGGAAUCCAUUGUUUGUUAAGCAGCUAUUAGAGAUGCAGAGCACUAAGUUUAAGCUAGAUGAUGGGUAUAACAAAAUGAGUUGUCCUCAUUUAUUAUUGAUAGUUUUGUUCUGCACUUUUAAGGCAUUUGUGGCAUGGAGGUCUCGAAGUUUAUACGUAACAAGCAAGCUAUCAGUUGCCCCCAACUACAGCGGUGGUCUGGCUGUCCUUCACCCAGACUGGUUAUUUUAACACUGAAAUUUUAACAGUUGUGUUCUUUUUUCCUUUUUUUUUUUUUUUUUCCCCCAUUCGGUUGAUGUCUGAAAACCAUGUAUAACUUUUAGUUUGUGAGAAACUAUGUGGUUAAUGUAACUUUGUUUAAUAAGAAACUGCAGAAACAAAACUGGAAUAGCUCUAAUUUCUUCAUAUGUAACUGAUCAGCUUUUCCUCUGUUCUGAUGCUUACGUACUAAAUCUCAUCUAAAGCUUCUCCCAGAUGAAGUGGAAAGUGGUGCGGUUUUGUGGCAUGACUAGCAUUUUUCUCCAUGAGAAAUGCAGCAUUACAGUCCUGGUUGAGAAGUUCACUGUACUUCUGGAACGCUUAGUUAAUUUCACAUAGUGUUUGGGCAAAGAGUGAGCAUAGAUUACUUGAAUUUUCACUAGCUUGUUUUUUUUUUCCAUUAAAAAAAUAAACAUGUUUUUUAAGGGGUUUAAUAUAAAGUUAGUACAGAACUAUUUCACUUUGUUUUUAUGAACAUGCCACAUUGAUAAGCAGCUUUAAUCUGUAAAGUUUUUUGGUAACUGCAAGAAAAUAUUCGAAAGCUAUGCAUUUUAGAGAAAGCAUAAAGGUAGUCAUAAUGGUACUUCUAAGGAUCUUUAUAUUAGUGUAUAUAAAAUAGUUUGCAUAUACAAAUAUAAUAUAUAAUCUGUUUGAAAUAUUCUUGAAUGGUAGGGGCUGUGAAACAUUAUAAUUUAUGGAAAUAUUGUACACAGUAAACAGACCUCUGUCAGUACACGAAUGGACUUUUGUCAUAUGCAUGAGAAAUGUCUUAUUUGGUGACUACUAAUGAAUGGGAUUUUGUUAACCCAUUUUUGUUAGAUAACCACUUUAACAAAUAUUAUUAAAUGCCACUUUGAACAGUUUGCUUUAGUGUUAAAAUACAUAUUUUUUCCACUUAAUUUAGAAUAAUAUGAGAGUAACUUUUGUAUGAAGAUUUGUUCCAAACUCAACGGUGGCAAACAAAUGUGGUACACUACACUCAUUCUUCCUUCAACCUUUCUUUUGCUGAAAGCAAAUAAGAUUAUUUUCUUUUCAUUAAUGUUAUGAACAUAGAGAAGUUGAGUUGUAAAAUAUCUUCUCUUACAUGCCUCUGCCAAAAGACUUUGUAUGAAAUGUGUUUUGAUUAGGCUACAAAUCUCAUAAUCUCAUUCCUGCUCCAAAAUCUAUCAUCUCCUUAACAGCUGUCUCCUGGCUGUUACCAUGUUUCGUUUCUGCCUGUCAAAUCUAAGCUAAACUGGUUGCUUCUGUUGUACAAUGGAGUCAUUUGUGAAGGGUUAGGGAUAAUGAGUUUCCAUGAAGAUGAAAUACUAGCAGUACUUUUUGAGAAAAAGUUACUGAACUGUUUAAUUUAUGUAGCUGGAAAACCAGAGGCUGCUGCGCAGAAAGUAACAGCAGAAUUUAAAGUAAAGCAUUUCCUCUCAAGACCUUUGAAGAGGCAAACACGCAGAGCUUGAAACCAGGAGAAGUACCUCUCUCAAUCUUGAGAUGAUUUCAUUGAAACACUUUCUGCUCCUUCCACCUGCAUUAAAAGGAACAUUGAGAUGAAUGUGGAGAGCACUUAUGUAGCAUUAAAAAUGUGUGAAGUUACCUGGAAAUAAUUCUGUCUCCUUUCCACUCCUUGUACAUAUAGGUGAAGCCAUUGCAUUAUUCUAGGAUGAUUUUAUUGUUUUUAAUUUAUAAAAUCGAUGCUUUGUAUGCUUGAGUCUAAGCUUAAAAGCAUUACUUACAAAAAAUCCUUGACUAGUAGAUGAGUGUUGCUCAACUUACUUCAAACCAUUUUCUGUCCAAGUUCAUCAUGAAGCUUAUUAAAUUGAGUUGGAGCGUGA